ACCGUCAGUUAUUCAUUGAAUGCAAAACGGCCGUUACAACAGCAGAAAAAGGAUGUUGACGAAUAUUUGUAUCGUUGUGAUAUUGUAUUACGUCCGUAUCGCCAGUGGGGAUAUUGGAGAGCCCAAAUGCUAUUCAAAGUUUGAUUAUGACGAAAAAAUGUUGCUGAAAUUAUUGAAAAUUGAGGAUAAAGUUCAGAAAUUUGAAGAAUUAAUUAAUGAGUUGAAGGCAAACCAUGAAAAGGAAAAGGUCGAACGAGGAAAAUUAUUUGAUUCUGAAAUUGAUGCAUUCAGAGAGAGAACCGCUGAAGAAGUGAAGAAACAACAGAACUUUACGGAAGAAGUUCUGGGAAGGCUGGACGAUGCUAAGACUAAACUGGAUGACGCUCUUCAAGAAAAGAAAUCAGCACAGAAAGGUGACAUCGUAGCAUUCACGGUGACGUCCCCUUCGAACGGUGCUGCUACCAAGUCCCUGGCUUUCACUACUGUUGUAACUAACGAAGGGGAAUCUUAUGAUACAUCAACCGGCAGGUUCACAUGUUCCAUCAACGGCCUUUACUAUUUUAGUUUACACAUCAUCAAAAAGAGGUCCUCCACCAUCGACGUGUCCGGAUGCCAUAUUUAUCUGAACGGAUCUAGUAAAGUGAAAGCAUACAUUGAUCCUCAGGAUGGGUCCAGUGGGGCGGACGCUGGCAGUUACGGGGUUUCCAACUCGGUGUAUCUCAAACUGAAAGUUGGAGAUGUCAUAACGGUAGAAAAUUGUAGUGGAGGCGCAGCAGCUGCUGUGGAAUCAUGGUCAUCUUUCAGUGGCUAUUUAGAAAGACCAGAAAUUUAACUUUGCCAAUUAUCGAGGAUGCUUCCAAUGCCAAGCUCCUCCAUUUAAACCAUACUCUUAUGUUACAGCCAUAUAACAUGUAUAAACGUUAUAAACAGUGCUUGUAAAAUAUAUGACAACACAAUUAAUGUUGUAACUGUCUAAAUUUGAUAACAUAUUGUGUAUCUCACAUUACCUUGAAUAAUAUUGCAAAUAUAAACAUAGAGAGCUGAACAGGAAGCUCUAAAAUUUUUUUAUGAAAGUCUUGCAGUGUAUCUUACAUUAACCUUAAAAGGUUUCUAGUCCUUAGAUAUAUAUUUGAUCAUGUUGUUUUGAAGCGACUGGAUUCAUCUUUCAUGCACGUGAGUCUGACAUGAGGGUAGAUUCAAGGCUGUGGACCCGUAAUGGCAAUCGACAGUUUCCGUGAGAUAACGUCAUGGCAAUCGACAGUUUCCGUGAGACAACGUCAUGGCAAUCGGCAAUUUUCGCUCGUUUACGUAUUCUCCGUAUGCGAUGUCGGUAUUCUCCGGUUAAGUUAUUUUUUAUUUUAGCCGAAGAAUGCCGAAAUCGCCCAUUGAAAAUAUGUAAUCGCACGGAAAUUGCCUAUUGUUAUUACGUAAUCGCACAGAAAUCGCCGAUUGUCAUGACGGAUUGCACGGAAAUUGCCGGUUGUCAUUAUGUAAUAGACGGAAAUCACGACUGUCAUUACAUAAUCUCAAGGAAAUAAACGAUUGCCAAAAGGAGAGCACGGAAAUUGCCGAUUGUCAUUACGUAAUCGCACGGAAAUUGCCGAUUGUUAUUACGGAUCGCACGGAAAUUUUCGUUGUCAUUAGGUAAUCGCACGGAAAUCCCGACUGUCAUUACAUAAUCUCAAGGAAAUAAACGAUUGCCAAAAGGAGAGCACGGAAAUUGCCGAUUGUCAUUACGUAAUCGCUGGGAAAUUGCCGAUUGUUAUUACGGAUCGCACGGAAAUUUUCGUUGUCAUUACAGAUCGCACGGAAAUUGCCGAUUGUUAUUACGUAAUUUCAUGGAAAUUGCCGAUUGUCAUUACGUAACCGCACGGAAAUUGUCGAUUGUUAUUACGUAAUUUCAUGGAAAUUGCCGAUUGUCAUUGCGUAACCGCACGGAAAUUGUCGAUUGUCAUUACGUAAUUGCACGGGAAUUGUCGACUGUCAUUACGUAAUUGCACGGGAAUUGCCGAUUGUCAUUACGUUAUCGCACGGGAAUUGCCGAUUGUCAUUAUGUUAUCGCACGGGAAUUGCCGAUUGUUAUUACGUUAUCGCACGGAAAUUGUCAAUUGUCAUUACGUUAUCGCACGGGAAUUGCCGAUUGUCAUUAUGUUAUCGCACGGGAAUUGCCGAUUGUUAUUACGUUAUCGCACGGAAAUUGUCAAUUGUCAUUACGUUAUCGCACGUGAAUUGUCGAUUGUCAUUUCGUUAUCGCACGGGAAUUUUCGAUUGUUAUUACGUUAUCGCACGUGAAUUGUCGAUUGUCAUUACGUUAUCGCACGGGAAUAGUCGAUUGUCAUUACGUAACCACACGGAAAUUGUCAUUGUCUUUAGGUUAUCGCACAGAAAUUGCCGAUCCGUAAUUUCAUCGAAUCACGAUACUGUUUAUUAUAUCUUCAGAAUGACACAGUCGCAAGUGGAAAUACAAUCGACAUGCAUGAAGUUCACAAAUAAUAUAUUCUAUAACAUUGAUGGUUCCUGAAUCUUUCUCAGGAUGGCAAGUUCCAGACAAGUGGUUAAACUUCUAUCAAAUGAAUCGAAUGUUGUUAAUUUUUCAAUUACGCUUUGUAUUUUGUUCUGUAAUUUUACACUGAAUUAAGAAGAAAAAAUAUGUACAUGCUGACAAAUUUGGAAUUGUGGGAUUCCACAAAGAUAUCGAGUUUCAGUUGCAGAUUUCUAUUAUUGAGCAAUAUACAUAUUUAUACAUCUGUUUUCCCCCAUAUGUAAAUUUGACCUAAUUCAAAUUUAAGCCAUACUUAAGAUAAAACACUGUGUUUAGUUCCUUGUUAAAGCCAAAUCGUUUGCAAAUAAAAUUCAUAUCUCAC